AUUAAUGUCGGCAUUACUGUUCUCGGGUUUGUUUAACAGAGGCUGUAAGUAACACUGCAGGGGUUGAAACUGAUGUGAGCAAACGUGAAUUUUGCAGACCUAGUCAUUCCUAUUUAUUAUCGUGUUGUAUUUUUUGAAGAACUGCCUUAAGUCGAACUUAACCGAAAAAUAUGCCUGGGGUAAACGAAACUACACUUCGGAAAAUGCUGUCAAAGGUGUACAAAUACAGAGACCUGACUGUACAUGAAAUCAUCAAUGUGAUUACACAGUUUAAAGACCUGACGCCGGCAAUGGACAAUUACGUGUUUAACGAUGGAUCGACAAGGGAGCUGAUGAGUUUGACCGGAACCAUUCCAGUGCCUUACAAAGGAAAUGUGUAUAACAUCCCCAUCUGUGCGUGGCUUCUGGACACAUAUCCCUAUAACCCUCCCAUCUGCUUCGUCAAGCCCACAAAUACCAUGAUGAUUAAGACUGGGAAACAUGUUGAUGCCAAUGGAAAAAUAUACCUUCCCUACCUACAUGAAUGGAAACAUCCCCAAUCGGACUUGCUUGGGCUGAUCCAGGUGAUGGUGAUGGUGUUUGGAGAGGAGCCUCCAGUCUUCUCCCGCUCCUCAAGACAGAGUACCUACCAGCCUUUCCAAGCUGCAGGACCUCCAAACACUUCCUAUGUGCCCACUCCACAAGGAUCCAUGUUUGGUCAAGGUCACCCUGCUACUCUUGGAGGUUUUCAAGGCUAUCCAUACCCUGCUGCAAACUCUUAUCCUUCUACAGCGGCCCCUGCACACUACACCCCUGUGACCCCGCCCUCUGUAGCAGGUCAGAACCAAAAUAACACCAUCGGCGACGACGCCAUCAAAGCUUCGAUGCUUUCCGCGGUCAGCGAUAAACUCCGCAGGAAAAUGAAGGAGGAAAUGGACCGAGCUCAAGCUGAACUGGAUGCUCUGAAGAGGACAGAGGAAGACCUGAAGAUGGGGCAUCAGAAACUUGAGGAGAUGCUGGCCCGUCUGGAUCAGGAGAUUGUGGGUGUGGACAAAAACAUGGAGCUCCUGAAGUGUAAAGAUGCAGAGCUGAGUGCCGCUCUUGAAAAGAUGGAGACGCAGAGCGAGAGUAAAGACAUCGACGAGGUCAUCGCUCCCACCACGCCGCUCUACCGCCAGAUCCUGAACUUGUACGCAGAGGAGAGCGCCAUCGAGGACACCAUCUUUUACCUGGGAGAAGCGCUACGGAAAGACGUCAUUGAUCUGGAGGUCUUCCUCAAGCAUGUUAGGCUCCUGUCUCGGAAACAGUUCCAGCUGCGAGCGUUGAUGCAGAAAGCUCGGAAAACUGCCGGCCUGAGCAGCCUGUACUGAACACGCUCAAAGCUUCUCUGUUCUUCACAAUUUCACCUGCCGUCGAUUUUCAGUUUAACUCAGGAACAAAUCUCCUCUCUAGAUCUGAUGUAUCUGUCGUACAAAAAUAUGAAGAUAUAUGAAUAUGUAUAAUGAUGUUAUAUUUGCUUUUGCAUUUUGAAAGGACUCUUAGUUUUGUUUUUUAAAUGAUUUUUCCCAGGUGCCUUAAAAUGGUAGGAACUGCAAUAAUAGCUACGACCUGUAGGG